AUGAGGCUUCCAGUGCUGCUGAAACUCGUGGUCGCUCUAGCAACCUUAUGUCAGGCGCUGUUAGUAUCAAACAACUCAAGUGGGGAUGUGACAUGGGACGAAUACAGCUUGAUAGUCAAUGGGGAGAGGGUGUUCAUCAAUGCUGCUGAGUUUCAUUACCAGAGACUGCCCGUCCCUGAAAUGUGGCUGGAUGUGCUGCAAAAGUUAAAGACAAAUGGCUUCAACACAAUUAGUGUCUACUUCUUCUGGAGUUAUCAUUCUGCUUCCAGGGACGCAUAUGAUUUUGACACUGGGGCACAUAACAUACAGCGUCUGUUCGAUAUGGCCAAGGAGACAGGCCUAUGGGUAAUUGCGCGACCGGGCCAUUAUGUCAACGCACAAACUAAUGCGGGCGGUUUAGCUCUAUGGGGUUCCGAUGGCUCCAUGGGAAAGCUGCGGACAUCAGAUGAGGCCUAUCAUCAAGCAUGGCUUCCAUAUAUGAGGAAAGUCGGACAGAUCAUUGCAGCGAACCAGAUCACAAAAGGUGGUCCCGUCAUACUCUUCCAGGUAGAAAAUGAGCUACGAGAGACCAGCCAUAAACCCAACAAUACUCUCGUUACAUAUAUGGAACAGUUUGAAUCGGUUAUUAGGGAUGUGGGAAUAACGGUUCCUACGACUCACAACGAACAAAGCACGAGAUAUAUAUCUUGGUCAAGGAACUACGAAAACGUUAGUGGCGCAGUCGACAUUUAUAGCUUUGACGACUACCCUGCAGGAUUCCUUGUCGGGAACAAAUGUGAUGGAGCGACUGGCUUUGAUGUAGUUCGGACUUACUAUCAGUGGUUCAUGAAUUAUGCAUGGUCUGGUCCAAUAUACCUCGCUGAGUUUGAGGGCGGGCGUACUUUGACUUGGGGUGCACCGCAAAACUAUGAUGAUUGUCGAAGCGAGCACAGUACUACCUUUGUGGACAUCUACUACAAGAACAACAUUGGCCAGCGCGUGACGCUACAGAGUAUAUACGAAGGCUAUGGGGGGACCAACUGGGGCCACUCUGCUUGCCCGGUGGCGUAUACCAGCAAUGACUAUAUGACUCCCCUUCGAGAAACUCGCCAGCAAUGGGCCAAACUUUGGCAAAAGAAGUUAAUACAACUCUUCUCAGGAUCAGCACCUCAUUUGCUCAAGACUAAUAUGCAUGGGAAUGGGUCGGGCUUCAGUCUCUCAACACCCGAUGCUUAUAGCUGGGUCCUGAAGAACCCAGAUACCCAGGCAACAUUCACCGUGCUGCAGCAGAAUGAAACUCCAUCAACCGCUACCAUCACCUUUUCAGCCUACUUGAACACCAGCCUUGGCAAUGUGACUGUUCCAGGUAUCCAGCUUGAAGAGCGCCAGAGCAAGAUUCUAGUUACAGACUAUAAGUUUGGUAACCAAACUCUGCUGUAUUCGUCAACAGAUGUACUCACAAAUGCUGUCUUGCCCGGCCACGACGUUCUAACUCUUUAUCUGUGGGAAGGACAAACCGGCGAGUUUGCUUUAACAACGUCUAAUAAUUCGACGUUUGAGGUAUACGGCGCGUCUACCGUGUCGUCCACACUUCAUCCUGGUUAUCAGAAAAUUAAGUACACACAGUCUUCUGGUUCUACUGUCCUUCGUUUUUCAGAUGGAAUCAUUGUCCUAUUGCUUGAUCAACCUACAGCAUGGCAUUUCUGGGCUCCGUCAACAUCAAAGUACCCUUCUCCUAGGCCAGACCAGAAGCUUUUCAUUCUCGGCCCGUACCUAGUCAGGUCUACAUCAGUCGAUAACGAAGUGCUUCAGGUGUCCGGAGACAACAACGGAACUAUGACGUUGGAAAGUUUCAUCGGCGAUGUGCCAAUCAAGGCAGUCGAAUGGAACGGCCAGAUACUCACAGCCACCAAGACGCCCUAUGGCUCCUACACAGCCCAAAUACCGGGUACAGAAAACCGAUCAGUAACACUUCCACCUUUGAACCACUGGCACUCAGCAGAAUCCCUCCCUGAAAUCCAGCCAGAUUUUGACGACUCCAGAUGGACGGUCGCAAACAAGAGUAGUACCCUCAGCCCACAAGCUCCUCUUACCCUGCCAGUUCUUUUUAGCUCCGACUAUGGUUACUACGCCGGCGCCAAAAUAUACCGUGGCUACUUUGAUGGCAUUAACUACACUGCAGUUAACAUUACUGCCGCUGGAGGUCUUGCGUUUGGGUGGAACGCAUGGCUGAACGGGCAUCUCAUUGGGGGCCACCCUGGCGAUCCCGAUCUAUCAGCCACAAAUUCGACUCUAACGCUUCCAGCAGGCAUUCUCGGCGCGUAUCUCCUUCCAGGAGGUACACGAACAGCAACCGGGUUCAAACUAUGGAAGAUUCAAGGUAAUGCUGGCGGUUCGAAGAAUAUCGACCCAGUCCGUGGACCCAUGAAUGAGGGUGGCCUCUAUGCUGAACGACUAGGCUGGUUCCUCCCUGGCUUUCCAGCUUCAGAUGACACGGAGUUUAGUAGUACUUCCAGUCCGCUGGACGGAAUCAAACAAUCUGGUGUCCGCUUCUACGUCACAACAUUCAAUCUUGAUAUCGACAGUGAUCUAGACGCACCCAUUGGUGUUUCUCUCUCAGCGCCAAAUGGCACCAUAGCACGUGUAAUGAUCUGGGUCAAUGGGUAUCAAUACGGAAAAUACGUCCCUCACAUUGGUCCGCAGACGAAGUUUCCUAUCCCUCCGGGAAUCAUCAACGACCGGGGUCAGAAUACAUUAGCCUUGAGUGUGUGGGCGCAAACAGAUGCCGGUGCGAAGCUCGACACUGUGGAGCUGUUUACUUACGGGUUGUAUCAAGCGGACUUUCAGUUCGAUCGGGACUGGAGUUAUUUGCAGCCAAGGUGGGAGGAUAGAAGCAUGUGGUCUUAG